AUGGCUUUUUUCAGUGGGCCAAAACUAAUGGAUUUUAAAAAUUCACCAGCACACCUUCAGUUUAAUAAGUAUGUUCUGACAGGAUACCGGCCGAUAUCGACCUACAGAGACUGUCUGCGGAGUUUGUUCUAUCUGCACAAUGAAUUUGGGAACAUAUAUACACACGGUAUCCCAUUCAUCUGUUUUCUGAUGUUUCUGCCUCUCAGUAUCCCCUGGGCGGAAGUGGAUGAGUGGUGGAUCGGUGUGGUUCAUUAUCUGGCUUGUCUUUCUCCAACCAUAUGUUCAGUCUUUUAUCAUCUCUUCAUGAACCAUGAAGAUGGAGCACCUAUAUAUGACACGCUGCUGUGCUUUGACAUGUUUGGCGUCUGUCUCGUAAACACUCUUGGUGCUUUGCCCAUCAUUUACAUCACUCUUCUAUGUUACCCCUCAUCCCACCGUGCAGUGAUGUUAGCAUAUCUCCUUCUCUCCGGCUAUGGUGUUCACUGCGCAGUCACAGCACGGAAUAACAUGCACCGCCUUCAGUCGUUCACCUGGCAGGCGCUCUUCCGCUUCUUUCUCUUCUUGCUGCGUCUGAUUGGUGCAGGGAGAGGAAGCCCUGCCUCCCUUCGCCUCUACCUUACCAUGGAUACUCUGGCGUUGCUAGGAGGACUGGUGAAUGUUUCCCGCCUGCCUGAGCGUUUUAGUCCUGGGCAGUUUGACUACUGGUUUAACAGUCACCAGAUCAUGCACAUCAUGGUUAUCCUCUCUAUACUGUACUUACACUGGGGUGUGCUAGAGGACUUAACCUGGUUAAAGGGAUACCACUGCCCCAGUGAAUAAAUCUCAGACUGAUUAGAUGAUACUCAAACUGUGGGAAAAUGCAUGUUGCAGAGCCCUUA